GCUUGCAGAAGCAGAAGCACCUGCAGGAGGAAGAGACUUCACCUGAACCCUGAGUGUGACAGCAGCUGCUACAGCACCAGUGGGAGGGAGCAGCUUGUCCUCCCACCUCUGCCCAGCCCUUCAGAGCACAUAGAGAGCAUGGCCUCAGCACCGGACAAGCGCUGCCCAAUCUGCCUAGACAUGUGGAGUAAUGCUGGCUAUGUACUGCCGUGCCUGCACCGGUUUUGUUUUAAGUGCAUCCAGCGCUGGGCAGAGAGGAAGCCUGAGUGCCCCCUUUGCAAGGGGAGAGUGACCUCCAUUGUGCAUUCGGUGCAGGCAGAUGACAACUUUGAAGAAGUGACCAUCAGACCACCUGUGGGGGCCUCUUUCUUUAUCAGCCGUGAAAGAAGACCUACUCAACUCUCAUCGUUACGCAGCCCCCGCCGCCCUGUAACAUCCCAGCUAUUGUCUGUGGGGCUGGUUUCCAGUGCUCCUCUGGGUGGCAUCCAUCCCUUUCUGUGGGCAUCGCUCUUCCGAGAAUACCCAGCUUUGCUCCAGCCCCUAUUGCCCUGGCUGGACCGUGAACUUCAUCAUCUUCUUCGUGCUGAGAACUGCCAAGCAGAAGUGGUGGAAGACCUCAUUCUGUCCAGCCUGCGCACCUUUGGGCUGCAAGAAGAUGCUUUAGUCCCGUGGCUGCAGUUCUACCUGAAAAAUCACACAGUAAUGUUUGUUCACCAGCUCAUUAAGUUCAUUGUACGUCAUUGUUUUCGGGAGGCACGUCGUCUGCUGAGCCUAGAUAACUUUCAUGCUGCCAUGGGGCUGGAAGACAGCCCUGAAACUUCCCCUGGGCUCUCUGUGUCCUUGGGAGAGUCUUCCACUCCUGCUCUGUUCUCCUCCGGCAGCCCUGCCAGAGCCAACGUAGAAGGACUUCCUAGCUCCUCCACUGCUGCUCCUCAUGGGGGCCUCAGCCACCCCUCUUCUGUCUGUUUUCCCAUUUGUGGGGAUGAAGUGCCUCAGGAGGAGCCAGGGGAGGCUGUGGCUGGUCCUUCUGCUGGUCAACAGGGCAGAGGCCACGCACGAAGGGGGGGACGACAAGCCCCCAGAAGGAGGGCAUCGGCUUCCCCCAACUCUCUGGCCCCCUAGAGGGCAUUGCACCAGUGACACUAGGGUGGUGCCCCAGGAGCAGGCAACCAGGGCCAGGCCAGCUGCUGGGGCAAACACCAGCCCCUCUAGGGGUACCUAGAGGCUCUCAAUAGUAGUAUGAAUCUAAUUGUCAGACACUGAAAAAAUAAAAGCAAAAAAAUAAAAACCACAGAAAAAGUCUCUGAACUGCUGUCAAUGUCCUGAUGUCACUAUUCCUACUACUGCUGCUUUCUUCUACUUUCCUGCUGCUUCCUUGUGUGCCUGAUGAUUCCAAUGGGGUAGAUGUGCUGGGAGAGGAGUAUGGCAUUGCUUUUGAAUCUGCAGUAGUGGAGAUAAACAUAGCGUCUCUGGGAAAAGUAUGUCAAUUACAUGCUCAGUCAAGAAGUGAUUCCUUUUCAGACAGAACCUCUUGUGUUUCACCUUGUGCUCCUUGUCUCCUGUCCUGGUGCUGGGUAUCACUGAAAAGAGCCACAGGUGAGUGAGUAGUGGGGGUGGGGCUGCAGGGAUAUAGCUCUCAUUUCAGCUGGAGCUGGCUCUGCUCUGACAUGGGGCUCUGCUCACAGAGACUACUCCUGCAGCCCCCCACUACCAAAACCUUGCCAGGUAAACCUAACACAAUCCCUCUGAGUCAUUCUGAACAGUGUAUCUGGCACCCCAUUCCCUGUUCAGACUGUACUUUUCAGUUUAAAAAAUUAUGUUUUCCUCAGUAAAAUGCCUGAGAACUUGCUAAAAAGCCAGCAAAACCAAAAGGAAAACAUUCUCUGAGGGUGAUGCUAAGGGCAUUUUUACCCAGCAUUGAUCAGAAACGUAGGGCUUGUGCCUAAAGCUAUCCCAUUCCAAUCUGAACCUCGUGCGUAAUCACCUGCUGAAUCCUACUGAAAAGUCUAAAAUCUGCACUCAGAACUCACCUCAAGCCUGACCAUAAUAGUUUAAAUUGGGUCAAGCUUACAUAAUUUAAACCAACCUCAAUUCAAACUGGUACUGUGAAGAGUUAU